GGAUCACCAGAGUGAAGUAAACCGCAGUUACUAACGUUAAAUUGCUUCAGGUCGGUCGAUUUCGCAUUGCGUCCAAAGAAAAUCAGAAAAAUGUCGAAGAGGAAUCCAGGGGACGAAUAUAGAAAAGGGUCAAGUGUCUACAGAGCAGAGGACUCCAGGGGGGAUGACAGAGGAAGAGAUCGUUCUCCAAUUAGAUCGGACGACCGUUGUGAGACUUCCAGCUACAAUCAGACUGAUGCAAAGAAGCAAAAGCUGGCAUUUGCAUUUGGGAAAAAAAGUGGAGCGGAACAAAAGAAGGGCAUUCAAAUAAAGUUGGGUUCAACAUCGAAACCUACUGUAAAACCAGCACCUGUACAAAGGCCAACGGUAGCAUCAGUAUUCAAUACAGACGAAGAAGAUGAACCCGAAGAAAUGCCAGCAGAAGCUAGAAUGAGGAUGCGAAAUAUUGGUCGAGAAACACCAACAUCGGCAGGGCCAAAUUCAUUUGGUAAAACAAAGCAAGGAUUUUGUGACUCUAAAAAAAUAUUCGAAAAGACGCUCAAAAAAGCAAUGGAGGAAGCUAAUAAAUGACUCCUUCCUUCGUCUAUCUUGCAAUUAUUGUUAAUUGUAUAUUAAUUUUACAUGAAAUGCAACAAUUAAUAGCAAGAUUCUUGCUACAAUUAUAUGCAAAAUAUUUUUAUGAAUUUUAUGCAUCAUAUUGGCAAAAACUAGAUACAAUUUCCAUCACGUUUGAAUUCGAUUGAAUACUAGCUACGUGCUAUGGCUUUUAUUAUGUCUGCACUUGAAAUGUAUUGUUUUGCCGUGUAAAUCAUAAAUAAGUAUACAUAUGUAAUAAAAUUAUGCUUUGUAAUUUUUACGAAUGUUCAUUGCCGUCGCGUUAAUUUUGAAUCAUAUAAUAAAAACGAUGAAAUGACUUUUUUUAGAUAUAGGAAAGUAAUAAAAUAAUUUAUCUUGUAACAUGUAGAGUAUACGAUAUAAAUAAAAAAGAAUCCAAGUCGA